CUCACUGUAGCCUACGCAGAAAAAACUGUAUUUUUACGCACAGUGGGCGUUUGUAAUGUGCUCCACGCAGUUCACCAUGGUGCCCUGGGUAUGUCUCGUUUAAUUUUGCGGCUACAGUGUCCAAUGGAAAAAUGGAAUACCCCCGACGUCAUGAAUUGUGUUUCUCGGAGGGAGGAGAUCUGAACUUUGAAUCGAGUCUCUGCAGGCAGCAGCAGCAGCAGCUGAGAGAGCAGCGACGGAGCAGGGAAAGUGAUCACAGCUUUAACACUUUACUCACGUUGUUGCGCCCCGUUUUCACGUUCAGAGUUAAAGUAUGUCAUUCAUUCUUAUGAAGAAAAAGAGAUUUAAAUUCAAAGUAGAUUUUGACCUGGAGGAGUUGUCGUCAGUCCCCUUCGUAAACGGAGUGAUAUUCUGUAAAGUUAGACUCGUGGAUGGAGGCUUUGCUGCAGAGUCGUCUCGGGAGCAGGUCCAGGCCAAUAGUGUCCACUGGAAAAGAAGAUUCUCUUUUGUGUGUAAGAUGAGUGCCAACGCUGGGACAGGUGUACUCGACCCCUGUGUGUGCCGGGUGUCUGUGCGCAAGGAAUUGAAGGGUGGAAAAAGUUUUGCAAAGCUGGGCUUUGCUGACUUGAACCUGUCCGAGUUUGCUGGGUCUGGUAGCACGACACGGCGAUGUCUCCUCGAGGGAUACGACACCAAGAACACAAGACAGGACAACUCAAUCCUGAAGGUUGUCAUCACCACACAACUCAUGUCUGGAGACCCCUGUUUUAAAACUCCUCCAUCUACAGCCAUGUCCCUGGGAAUCCCACAGGCUAAAGCUGGGUGUCUCCUAGAGGAGAGAAAGGGAGGAGACCAGCACACAGCUCUUUCACUCACUGCAGUGAAGUCUGUCUCAGUCCCAGAGGAGCUGGUGGUGUACGGCCACUCUAGAACACCCAGCCAUGCAAGUCAGCAAUCAAAAAUCUCAGGUUACAGCUCCAAUCACUCUAGUUUAACAGAUCUUAGCCAUCGAAGGAGCGCUUCGGGAGGAUCUGCCUCUACAGGCAUCGGCAGCAUCAUGGAUCCCAGUGAUCCUCAGGGGGAGAGAGGAGAGAGGGAGAUCAGGACGACUCCCCCAGUCUCUAUAGCAUGCCAGCAUGCUCUUGAACGACCCUCUACCCCUGCAAAAUUUCCUAGGCACCCAGUUAAGCAGAACUCAAUGGAGAAUCAGUUGAAACGAGUUGAUGCCACCAGGGUGGAUGCUGAUGACAUAGUAGAGAAAAUCCUGCAGAGCCAGGAUUUCAGCCAUGGCUUCUUAGACUCCAGUGCAGAGGAGGAGGGACUCCGCUUGUUUGUUGGUCCUGGUGGGAGUACAGCCUUGGGAAGCCAGCACACGAGGGUCGCAGCUGGAGCCUUUGAGCAGGUGGUGAUCAAGCACUAGUCUUCUGAAACCAUGUGUCUGUCAUUAAGGGUGCCGUAUUACACUGAUGUGGGGCAGGGGAAGUCAAGAAAAGAGUAUUGAAGCAUUAGAACUUGUUCCAGUCACACUCCAGGAGAUCUAAUUUCCCUUAAGACAAUUUCCAUUUGCGGCUGACCUCAAGUGUUUGUUGAUCAGGGGAGCCCCCUAGUGUUUAAGAAGCGCAGAUAAAAGCCACUUGGAAUAAUUUGGUGACUGAGAUAACUGGUGUACUGACAUUUCCGUUUGUCUUCUUGUGCACAUCGAAAACUGUAGAGUAAAAGUUACAGCUGUAAUUUCUCAUAUAAUGUUCACCUACAAAAGUGGUAUGUGAGUUCUUGAAUUUCUUGUCUGUUAUUUAAAAUGUGUAUAUUUGUGUUGUACAUGUUUGAGCUGGUUUCACCAUUAUACCAGUACCACAAGUGGCUAGAGCGUUUGUGUGUGUGUGUGUGUGUGUGUGUGUGUGUGUGUGUGUGUGUGUGUGUGUGUGUGUGUGUGUGUGUCUGUGUGUUUGUCUGUCUGUGUGUGUGUGUGUGUGUGUGUGUCUGUGUGUGUGUGUGUGUGUGUGUGUGUAUGUGUGUGUGUGUGAGGGAGACAACUGACUUUUUCUCUAAGCUCCAUUAAUUUAACAAAACAGAAAACUGAAUCUGUGGUUUAUAUAAGGUUCCUGGUACCAAUUGUCUAUAACACCUCUGUUCACCUGAUUGUGUGGUAGGAUGGCUGCAUUCAAGAUCCAUGAAGUUUGUGUUUUUGUAAGUUGAUGUGGUGUUUAUUUUAAGUCAGAAUGUGUGUAUGUAUGUUGUCUGUAAAGACAAAAGUAGUUGUUUUUAUACAACCAAUGUUGUGAAGGUGCCAAAUUUGGUUAAAUGUAUAUUUGCUGCAAUGUAAGAUGUCAUAUCUAAAAUAUGUAAGCUAUGUUGUUAUUA